GCUACAUGGAUGAGAGCCCACAUUCAAGUGGAUCAAGUGUUUCACGACACUCCUUUAAUUACUCACCAGGACCAACAAGCAUUGCACACAGGAUGAGAGCUUCCACUGCUAGUGAACCUGGUAGCCCAACCUUGGAAGAUGCAAUCUUGAUGGGGUGUCAGGACUCUGCUCCAUUUCCCCAUGAAGUGAGCUCGAGCAAAGCUGGCGAUAUCACAGCCAUUGCUGAUCUCGUGAGCUCACUGAACCUAGGUGCCAAUGCUAGUGCUAACAAUCAAGGAAAUCACCCAACAGUCGGUGUAACUCGUCAAGGUCCACUUCUUAAUGUAAAUCAGCAACAGCUGUUGCCAAAUGCUGCACUUUUCAAUCUACAACAGCAACACCAAGUGGGUAAUGUAAGCCAGCUGCAAGCAAACUUUAAUAAUAAUUCUAGCAUCAACCCACAAAAUGCUUUGUCACAGGUACCACAAGGUGUAGACUUGACAAGCCUAGCUCAGCUUCAAAAUGCUUGGUUAACAUCCCAGUUAUUUCCGGGCUUGAUGGAUGGGACAAGUUUGUUGAGUGGGGAGCCAAGAGCACCAGGCCCUCUUGCCAGCUUGUUGGCCAACCCAACAGACCCUUACUCCAUUGAAAAGGCAGCCAAGAUGCACAGGAAUGCUGCAGCUGUGUGUGAUGCAACAUGUACAUGGAGUGGACAGCUGCCAACAAGAGUACACAAAAAUCCUAUAUACUCCUGUAAGGUAUUUUUGGGUGGUGUUCCCUGGGAUGUCACAGAAGCAGCUUUAAAACAGACCUUUUUACACUUUGGUAAUAUCCAAGUGGAGUGGCCUGGUAAAGAGAACUCUGCAAACCCACCCCGUGGAUAUGUGUACAUCCUCUUUGAACAUGAAAAACAGGUGAAAUCACUACUGUCGUCUUGUAGCCAAGAUUUUAGCAUUGGUGGGAACUAUUAUUACAAGAUUUCAUCAAGACGGAUUCGUCAGAAGGAGGUACAGAUAAUUCCAUGGGUGAUCAGUGACAGCAACUACGUCCGUUGUCCAUCAUAUCAACUGGAUCCUGCAAAGACUGUGUUUGUUGGUGCACUGCAUGGAAUGUUGAGUGCAGAGGGGUUGGCUAACAUCAUGAAUGACUUGUUUGGAGGAGUUGUGUAUUCAGGAAUAGAUACAGACAAGCACAAAUACCCAAUAGGGUCUGGCAGAGUCACCUUUAACAAUGUGCAGUCGUACAGAAAGGCAGUGAGAGCAGCAUUCAUUGAGAUAAAGACACCCAAGUUUACCAAGAAGGUACAGGUGGAUCCUUAUCUGGCUGACUCUCUCUGUCAGCUGUGUCAGAUGCAGCAAGGACCAUACUUCUGUCGAGAUGAGAAUUGCUUCAAGUAUUUCUGUCGAUCAUGUUGGCAGCUCACUCAUCCAAUGGAUGCCCAUGGUGGCCACAAGCCUCUCAUGAGGAACUCCAAGCUCCGCACACAAACCACUCUUAGCCGAGUUAUUUAAACUAAUGUUUAUAUUCUGAUGAUAAUACCAUCUAAUUUUAGUUCAAAAUAUUUGGCGAUUUGUGUAUUCAUGGUCCAUGUCCACUCAUAUGUUGAGAGGUUAAUGAAAAGGGUGUAUAUUUUGUGGUGUAGAGGUGUGUGUUUUAAGAGACUGUACCAUGACUAAGGUGUGAAAUUUUUGUAUGGACUUGAGGUGGUUGACCUAUUGCCAUAUAUCAGGUUGAUUGUGGUGUUGGUUUGAUGUUUUACCGUGUGAUUGUCAUUAUGAUACUCUAUGAAGAGGGCUUUCAUAGUAGGUUGAAUAGGAUUCCAUCAGCUUUUAUUGGCUUGCAAAAUGUGGUUUUAUUACUGCCUAAAAUACUAUUAAUAACACAAGUGUUUUUAAUAUAUCAUGCUGAAAGCUGUAUGGAAGAAGCCAGUCAGCUUCAUAUUAUUUUAAGAUGGAACUUGCCAUUUUUAGUGCAGCACACCUAAGCACUUUUAUAUUUUUUUUUGUUUUUAUUUGUGUCGGUCACAAAAGCAAAGGAGAAAGUAUCCAUUAGGUUUUUAUUUGGUGUUUCAAGCCAUGGUAAGAAAUUUUCAAGUUUUGAAUUCUGCUUAUUUGAACAUAGGAUUCUUUUUGUAUGUGGGCCAGUUUUAGAGAACUAGUUUACAUUUAGUCUUAUUUUAUGGAAUUUACAAAUAUUUUGAUGGGCCCAUUGACAAUAGCAUUGAGUUUGGUCCAGGUUUUCUAUCUUAAAUUGACUUUCACCUCCCCAAGGUCUUAACGGCAAAGGAAUGAAUUCACCCCAAAGUGUGUUGUCCUCGCAUUCUUUUUUAAAACGUGGGGGCGUGGAGGAAAGUGAGUCUAAGCCCUGUAAGAGUGCUUUGUUUCCUUCCCUCCUCUUGUAGGGAAAGUGAUAAAUUGUCUUUUGUUUGUGUAUCAUGACUUGGUGAUUGUCGUAGAUUUUUAAAUCGCUCAUAAUUUGUAAUCCGCUGGAGCAGUUGGGCCUCCGUGCAGUGGGUGACCAUUUUAAUGUUUGGUUACGAAAUAAUUGCCUAGUAGGAAGGUGAGGGUGUCUUCUUGUUAGUUUACUUUUUUGCACAGUACUACUAACUUUUACUUAAUUUUCUAAUAGCUUGGGUUUUUGGAGGGAAGGAAUUCCUAACAUUGGCAGGUCUGCCAAAACAUUUAAGUGAUUGUUUUGAGUUUAAAUCCACCAUUGCCUACAUCUUGUGGUUUAUUGAAUUUUUAGAUAUUGAUAGUAGAAACAUUUACUUUAUAAGAAGUGGUCAUUUUACAUGUGGAUGAAGGUCAGUAAUAUCCGUGAGUUAAUCAUUAGAAAAAUGGACUGGUAUCUAGGUGAAUUGUUGCUUUUUAAUUUACAUGGGAAUUGUAUAACAUGUUGCUAAACAUGUAUCUUUUACUACUAUGGAAGGUUAAUUUCGUUGAUGACUUGGCUUUGUUGAAGGAUCUCUCUUUUUGGAAUUGCCACUGAUUAAGCAGUAAAAGUUUACUGUGAAAAUGCAAGGAAGUUUUCACAAUUUCACAGUAUUAAGAUCAUGUGAUAAUUUGUGGUUUCCUAGAUAUGUAUAUUUUUUUGAAGUACACGUUCUGUUAAUCAAAUUUCAUUUUGUUACUUUUGUAUAAGAAUAUAUUCAAGGAAA